AUGGAAGGGUACCUGGCGGCACAUGCUCCGCUCCGGCGUUUUGACGCGGCCCAGCCCAGCGCGGCAUCGAGUACAUUAGCCAUUCAUCAGACAUCCACAUUGGGAACUAUGACUGACAAGAGAUACAUUGGGAGAGACAGAGGUGUGGACGUGGAUCCAGCAGAGAGGUGA